GGAAGGACCGAAAGGGAGUAAGUCUCGCAAAUGACAGUGAAAGGCAUGGGAGGGCAUUGAGAUGAAAUAAGGAGCGGAUGAGCAAGAGAGGGAGCGAGAAAAGGACAGAGAUAAAGAGAGGGUGAGAGAAGAAGAGGAGCCGGGAGGAGUUCCGACACCCCCUGUCUUGGCCCCAGCCCCCAAAUGCAAUGCCGGAAUCGAGGAGAGACUUAACAAGCCACCAGUCAGCUGGGCAACUCACUCGCUCCCAACACACACAUACUCUAAACGGGCACGCACACACUCACACACUAGCACACGCUCCUGCCUGCCCCUCAACCUGGACCUUCACAGUCUGCCGCGCACUUGCCUCGCUUCUUAGACUUCAGCCGUGCUCUGGCUGUGAGUGCAUGCUGAGAAACACUCCGUCACACACCCCCCGGCUCCGAACGGGGAGAAGGAGUCUCCUAUAUCUCUAGUGACUCUCACAGUCAGGAGUCUGAGCUAGAGAGAGACAGGCAGGAACAAGAGACCCGAGCUACGGCUAACCUCAGCGAGAGCAGAGAACAGCAUCUGUGACUGAGCAAUAGACCCAAACCCCCCUUCAGAGAGAACAACAUGCAGCCUGGCGUUGUGGCAGCAGCCUUUGUCUUGUCCUACUCGGUCCGCCAGCCUCCCCCCCAUCCGUAGCAGAGGACUGAACAGAGGAGAGGAUCUGUGCUGAGACACGCUGACCUACUACUACCGGAGCAGGAAGAACGUUCCGGUUCUACAGUGUGCUACCCUGUUGCUCUUUGCCUGAGUGGAUUCAGUACUUGGACAGCUCCAGUGAGCCACUUCGCAGAGUAGCGUGUAUCUCGGCCAUUUGUUGAGGUGCAGUCUGUGCAAAGUCUCCCUGGUCGCUACUCUCGUCUCCAAAGGCAACCCUGGACCCCCGGACCCCCUUGGCUCUCUCCCUGGCCCCGCACGCCCCUCUCCCCCUUGGGGCGGCGGAAAACACGGCCAGCCUGGAGCACCAGGGGGAGAAGCAGCUGUUUGAGAAGUUCUGGAAGGGGACGUUUAAAGCCGUGGCGAAGCCGAGACCAGAGAGUGUCAUCGUGGCCAGCAUCACGGCGAGAAGGAGGGUGAUCAGCACAAACACAGCAGCCUGCCAGACACUCAAAGCUGAUGAGAGAAAAGUGGAGGUGGCAAACACAGAGGUGGACACUGCCACAGACAGGAACGGAUACAUCAGAGGAAAGAGACGACACAAACAUGCCAGCUAUCAUCGGACACGGAGUGUGUCAUUUGAUGAUGAUCUCUCCCCUCGGCCCCACACUCCCAAGGGUAAGAAGAAGAAGAGGAAAUCACAACGAAAGAGGAAGAGGAAAAGGUCUCCAUCAUACAGCAUGUCUCCAGUGAGGAAGAGGAAGAAGAAGAAGAAGAACAAGAAGAGCUCUAAAAAAAGCAAACGGCACAGGUACACCUCUAAAAAAACAAAGCACAGCUCUUCAAGCUUAAAACGUAAGAGGAGGGAUGAUCGAAAGCACAAGAAAAGCUCACGGGGUCACACCCACCGCAGACGACACUACCAGAGGUCUGAGUCAGAAGAGAGUUCUGCCUGCCGCUCCUCAAGCGUGGAAAGCAGGCAUCAUCUGCAUAAAUCUGCGGAUAAGCACUCUUCGUUGGGAUACCUGUCAGCGUGGAGGGAGGACCCCGGUACAACACGCCCAGACCGCAGAGGGUUUGAGUGGGGGUCCGCGAUCAAGUCAGUCUGUAAAACGACUCAGAUCUUUCACUCCAUCCUUUCUGCUGGCACCGUCUUGCAGUCAAAACCUGGCGGUGAGGUUUUAAACACAACAGCGGUUCACCAUCACACUCUGACCAAUCAGAGCAAAGGACCCCAGGAUUAUGAUUCCGGGAAUGACACAUCUUCACCACCGUCAACUAAAACUGGUGUUUCGAGGUCGAACAUCAGCGGCGAGAAUAAGGUCCAAGCACCGGCUUCCCCUGAAAAGCAUAAGUUUACAGACGGGGACAACGCGUCUGAUUCUGGGAACUCCGUGACCAGCUACGCGUCCCUGUGUAAACCUCUGCAUGUGGACGGCUUGCCUGCUCCCAUUUACAACGUCAUCUGCAAGAGUGAGCCCGUAAUAACCUCAGGAGAUGGGGCCAGGUUGGGGAGCACUCAGAAGGCUGUCUCUUCCAUUGCUCCUUUGACGGCGGUGACAACUUCGCGUAAGUGGACAAAAGCCAACUCGUCCAGCAGCAGAAGCAGGAGCAGAUCAUCAGCCAGCUCCAGACGCUCCAGACGCUACAGUCGAAGCCAGUCACGGUCAUCUGCCAGGUCCUACUCACGUUCAUCAAGUUGCUCGGCUGGUUGGAGAAAGAAAGGAAGUGUUGACAGUGUGAUGUCUAGAGGAAGCUAUUCAAGAUACAGUAAAGACAGAAUUCAAGAGAGGAAGAGAGACCCCAUCUCUUGUGAGAAAGGAUUGAAACACAGCAGUCGGAAGCGAAGCGGGAAGAGAUGCAGGCGCAGAUCAUAUUCUCCCAUGAGGAAAAGGAGGAGAGAUUCGCCAAGUCACCUGGAAGCAAGGAGGAUAACCAGUGCCAGGAAGAGACCAAUACCCUACUUCCGGCCCAGCCCUUCAUCCAGCAGUCGCUCUACCAGCAUAUCGUCCUGGAGCAGCAUCUUCACACGGAGCCGAAGCCCGAGCCCCAGUCCCGGCUUCUUCCUCAGUCGUUCCAGAAGUAGAAGCAGACGAAGAAGCAGGAGCUACUCCUCGUGCCGGAGCUACAGUCGAAGCUCGUCUUGUAACUCCACCUUUGGCAGCAGGAGCCGCAGUCGGAGCUAUGACUCGCCGGACAGUUACGGCAAGGGCAAGAAACGGCACUGAUAUGUCAGCAGGCCGAGGAGGAUGUAAUUUCCCUAGUCCACGGGGGGACAGCAGAACUGUAGGGUAGCCUCAUUUCUUUUCAUCUCUUUGCAUAUUUCUCUGUGAAUCGCCUGAGCCAAACCUUUUAAGCUAGUGUUUUCUUUUUGCCUUUGCUGGUAUUCCUUGCCCGAUUAAUUAUUUGAAUUCCUUGUACAUCUUGAAUUAAGGCAGUGCUUUUCACAUUGCUUAGAAAACAAUGGAAAAGAUUGAUUCAGUGUUUACUUGGGUAAAAAAAAAAAAUCCAUCCGCUGUGUCCUCAACAUCUAUGAAUUACAUUGGCCUGAGACUGUUUCUCCUAGUGAUACUUUUCCUCAGAUGUCACUGAAACAAAGGAUGAAGGAGCACCACACAUUUUUACCCUCUGAUGAACUCUUCAUUUUGGAACCAUAUUUCUGACAAUUUCCUUUCUUAUCUGCGACAAGUAGGUGUUUUGGGGACCAUGCAGGAGUUUUGUAAACGUGUGUGUUUUCAAACAGCCUAAGAGGAAGUGUUUUUAGGAGAGUAGGGAAAGGUGUAUUGCGCCUCUGAUCUCAGCACAAACAUACCUCCCCUAAGAAAUGGAGGAGGAACAGGAGAAAAAAGUCUCGAUGGAAAACAAACCGCCUGUCAGCUCAAAUGCCAGAUUUAUUUAUCCUCUGAUUAAGUGGAAAACAAUUGAAAUGUCAUUCCUAGUAAGAUGAUGUUGAAAGAUCAAACCACUGCCCUGAGGCCAGACAUGACAAAGGACAUUUUUAUACAGAAAUCUGAAGAAAAUGCCCAGUAAAGCAUUUCCCCCAAAAAUCCCUAUUAAUGCUGAAUCUUUGGGAUAUUUCAUUGGGUGUUGUUUAAUUUACAAUUAUUUUAUUAUAAUACGUUUAUUAUUUGUGUUGAUAUAUUUAUUAAUUGGUUACUGUAUUUAUUAAUGUAUUUAUCUAUUCAUUUAAUUUUAUUGAAACUUGAAAAGGAACAAUUAGUUGUUGUUUUUUUCAUUUCUUGAAAGAUAAGAGAUUCAGCAUCUUAUUAAUCUGUUAUCAAAUAUUGUGUAGCGGUCCCAAAUAGCACUGUUACGUCCUUUGAAUUGAAUUGAUGUGGUAUUUAAGAUGCAGAACCAAACACAUACCUCAUCUGUGGUGUUUACAUUUAAAUUUAAGCAUGUUUAUUGCCUCUCAGUUACAUAUACGCUUCAAUCCUAUGCAACGCCAUGAUGUCACUGGGAUUCAAUAAUUUUUGCAUUAAAUUGCUAUAAAAUCAAUGACCCAAAUGAAAAAAGGUUUAAAUUCAAACCCCCAAUGAACAGUCCGUUUGUGCUCUUAUUCCAACUCAUUGCCAUCCAUCAAAAGUAUGGCAAGACAACAUGCAGAUCUGGAAUCAGACUAGUUUGUCUCUACACAAUAAACCAUAUAAUAGCAUAUUGAUUCAAACAUGUUACUUAAAGAUGCAUUCCUUAAUUCCUGGCCACUGGUUAGAAAAGUGGCACAGUUCAGCCAAACUCAAUUGAAAAAAAAUGGGGUCUUAUUUUUUGUAUGUGCAGAUAUGUGACAAAACCAAUUAUUUAUAAAUAUGUAAUUUGAUGGCUAAUUGUGGAAUGACAUGACGUUCUACUUUUAGAUUAUGCACUUAUAAAUAAUGUAUUACACAGUUUCAAAAUGUGGUUGUUACUUGCAAAAGUCACAGAAUGCAUAUUUAACUUAACACAACACAAACUAUACCCCUCUUCACUUCUGGAGAAAGUGUUUCCAUCAGAGGCUAUUGAACAUGCUAUAAACAGCCACAACAGUAAUGACAAAAAAAAGAGUAGAAAAGUACCAAAAAACUGUUUGGCAGAAACAAUUAACCCACCUAUGACUUUUAGCUUCAGUGAAGCUGAAAUAUAUGUACUCCUUCAAUGAGUUCUAUGUGGGUGGGUUAAGCACUAAUAUUUGAAUACAUUAGCAUUUAGAAUGACAGUCUUUUCCCAUAUAUCAUUGAAAUGGGUUUAUUUCUCCAUUAGUUUCAAUCUAUCACCAUGUGCCAUUUACUAUAGGCUCUAGAUAUAAGGUUCUGCUCUCUAUGCAUUGUAUAUAUUCUAGUCUGAGGUUCUUUCUCAGAAUGUCUCCAUGACCUCUUCAAAAGUUUAAAGAGAUUUCAUGAUGGAUGACAAGAAGAACUUGACAUAUUUUGACAUAAGCUAAUGAUGACAUGCUUUUGAGGUAAACCAUUCUCCUGUGUGACCCUGCUACCUUUUCAUGAUGUAUGUACACUGUAUAAAUGAAUAUGAAAAUGUAAUUAUUGUGGUUGUAAAUAUGCAUCUGCACUGUAUGUAUUAAUGAUAUGAGGGAUGUGGUGUAACUCCUUCAGGUUUUGAGGAAUAAUCAAUCAAAGGAUCAAUGCAAAGUGAUACACUAUAUGGUUUCUCAUGGCUUUUGUAGAUACUUGCCUAAUUGUUGUUAACUUAGCUGUAAACUCUGAUUUUACAUCAACAUUAAUAGGCUAUAAAGAUGUGUUUCUAUAAUAGCCAUUAACUUCAACUAAAACAAAACUCAAGAAACGGUGGGGACAUAUUGGAAUUUAUGGGUUUUAGAUGUGUUUGUGCUAGAACUCCCAAUUAAAUCAUAUUUGAUUUAAAAGGUUCAACAAAAAAGAUGCGUGCGAAGACUGAUAAUCCAGUCUGUUGUGAAAUUAUCCGCAUUCAUUCUCCCGUUUUCCAUAUGAAAAGACAAUAACGCGGAGCCUGCAGAGACCGGAUGCGUUUUCCUUCUGACACGCAUCACAUCCCAGCAUCAGUGCGAGCUUGGCUUGUUAUAAUGUGUCAGCUGAAAUUGUAGCUUCCCUUGAACCCUUCCUCUAUCUUGUGAGUCUGUAAAUCCAUGUCGAAUCCCGAAUAAAACUGUAUUUCAAUCAUU